AAGAAGCGUCCCACUUCAGGGAUUGCGUUUAGUGUGUGAAAGGCACCACGACGUAACGUCGUAUUGUAGCAUUCUGGAGAAAACUUGACAACAGUUCAUGGUGUAUGAGAAGUCACUUUCAAUAAGUCCAGCCAACCUUUGAGAAUCAAGUAGUUCAAACUCGUGACUACGGGUGUGUGGAUUUACUGCCUGUCUUGGGAAUAUUUAAGUUCUUAGUUUGUAUUAUAUCUAUAUUAUAAAACUGGGGAAACUUAUAAGAGAACCCGAAUCUUUGCCGAAGAGCCUUAAGGUGUUCGCUACGAUAAUUGGCUAUCGAAUGGACCAACAUCCUAGCGCCCGGAGCUGCACCAGCCGCGGAGCUCCGUCCUGCGAGGCCAUCCCGAGCGAGCCCUCCAUGAAUUUGUACAUCCACUCCACAACCGGCACGCGCUUCGAGCUCUCCCUUCCGCUGGAAGAGACAGUGGAAGGACUGAAGAGAAGACUUUCACAAAGACUCAAAGUACCAAAAGAGAGACUUGCUUUGCUACACAAGGAAACGCGUCUCAGUUCAGGAAAACUCCAAGACUUUGGCAUCACUGAUGGGAGCAGGUUGACGCUUGUACCAACAGUAGAAGCAGGCUUAAUGUCUCAAGCAUCAAGACCAGAGCAGUCUGUAAUGCAAGCUUUGGAGAGUUUAACAGAAACACAGGUCAGCGACUUCCUGUCUGGGCGGUCUCCGCUGACCCUGGCGCUGCGCGUGGGCGAUCACAUGAUGUUCGUUCAGCUGCAGCUGGCGGCUCAGCAGUCCGGCGGGCAGCAGCUGCAGCACCGGCACCUCAUCGCCCGGGGGGGCUCGGAUGGCGCCGGGGGGGCGACGGGGCCUUCCGGGACCAGCAGCGGGCACAUGAGAGUCCCCCACCCCCACCCUCACCCUCACCCUCACCCGCACCCUCACCCUCACCCUCACCCCCUUCUCGCGCAUCCCGCCCCGGCCACCACCACCACCCCCACCCCCGCCCCCGUCCCCGUCCCCGUCCCCACCCCCGCCUUCCACCAGGCCAGCGGCAUCCAAACGGCGGCCCCCGCCUACCCCUCCACCUCCACGUCCCUCUGCAGUCCCCCUCCACGCCACACCGCGCUACCCAACGGCCUCUUCCAGUCGCACCAGCCCUCCUCCUCCUCCUCCUCCUCCUCCUCCUCCCCGGUCGCUCCCAGCGCUCAGAGCCCCGCCCCUGCGGCCCCCUGCCCUGAGGCGAACUGCACCGCAAAGAACCCGGGCAGCAGCCCCGCCCCCGCGGCGCGGUCUCGCAAGCCCGGCGCCAUCAUCGAAAGCUUUGUGAACCACGCUCCCGGAGUCUUCUCAGGGACCUUCUCAGGCACUUUGCACCCUAACUGUCAGGACAGCAGCGGGCGCCCCCGCCGGGACAUCGGCACCAUCCUGCAGAUCCUCAACGACCUCCUGAGCGCCACCCGCCACUACCAGGGCGUGCCCUCCUCCCUCACCCAGCUCCGCUGCCAGACGCAGUGUGGCCCCGCCUCCCCGUCGCCCUCCCCGCCCCCCUCGCCCCCGGCCGCCGGGCUGGCCGCCGGCCUCUCCGCCAGAGCUACCUCAGUGCCCGCCGACGCCCCGCCCGCCCUGCACCCGCUGGUACAGUGCCAGAGCCAGAUCCGCAUGUGCAAGCCCUCCGGCGACCGGCUGCGGCAGACGGAGAACCGCGCGACGCGCUGCAAGGUGGAGCGCCUGCAGCUGCUGAUGCAGCAGAAGCGGCUGCGCAGGAAGGCCCGGCGCGACUCGCGCGCGCCCUACCAGUGGCUGCCCAACCGCAAGUCCGGCCGCAGCAACAGCAACAGCAGCGUGUCCAGCGACGGCUCCCUGGACCUGGACUUCGACGACUCGGUGUGGAAGCCCGACGUCAAGGCCGACAUGAAGUCGGAGUUCGUCAUGGCGUAACGGUACAGAGAGAGAGAGAGAGAGAGAAAGAGAGAGCGCGAGGGAGAGAUUCGGCGAAAGAGCGAGGGGAAAAGGGGACCGGGAGACGGACGAGACGCGGAAGAGAGCAUGCUGAAAAGAGUGAUGGAGGGAUGGAGGGGGAGAAGCGAGAAUCGCACCCAGCAGUGUGCGUUCGGAACAGGACCCGCCUCUCCUCACUCCCUGUGUUGGAAAAAGAGAGGAAAAACACUUUGUCACGCAAAGUUCCCUGUUGAUUUUCAUGUUGUCUUGUCCUCCACAGCCUUUUUUUGUUGGAAAAAAAAAGAAGAAAAAAAAAUACAGAUGUUGAUGUUUGGACUUGAAUAGAACUGUAUAAAGAAUACAGGUAAGCAUAAAGGAACUACAAACAUGUCUGCCUUAUAGAACUGAAAAAUGGCAGUCUUCAGUGGUGGUGGUUUUUAAAAAAAUAUUUACGAGGAGAACUCUGGAUGUAAAUCCACACUGGACUGAGUUGGGACUCUGGGAGGCAGUAGCCUCUACUGCCCACAAAAGAGGCAGGAGUUUGUCCUGCGGCCUCCCCCUAGACUCUUACAACGGGCAUUCUUGGUUUCGCAUUCACCAACCAGAAUCAAGUCAUUUAUAAGAAGGUAUCUUUUUUCAUUUUUAAACUGUUUUUUUUUUCCCUAAACAAAUAUGUAGCAUUCUUCACAAAGCAUUCAGGUUUUCUAAAGAAACUAAAACAAAAGAAAGGUGUUUUAUUUGCACAUUUUUCUCAGUUUUUUUUUUCUUUCAAACAGCUGGGUUACAGAGUGUGAGGGUAAGGGGGGGGUUGGGGGGGGAGCAGCAUAAGCAGCAGCAGAGGGACAUGUUUGAUGAGCCUUUAACACAGAUGUUUGUUUGAGAUGGAAAAAUGUACCUAUUAACAGCAACCUCAGCAAUGUAGGUUAUAAAUAGGAAUAAUAAUAAAUAAACAAAAUGAAUAAUUAAUGGAAAGUGCUUUAGAAGGUUGUAAAAUCAUGCUUUUAAAUAUAUAUGAAAAAAAAAUCUCUAUUUUUUGUUUUACUUUUUUAUCGGCUGUUUUCAAAAAACAGUAACCCAAUAUGGCUUGGGUCAAGCCAUUAAGAUAUGAGUAGUUAACUAAUGCAUUCAUCUAAUCAUCCAUCAGUUCACUCAUAAGUCUCCACCUUCAAGGGAGAGAGUAAUGUACACCCACCCAGCACGUCAAUUUGUCUUGAUUUUAUACCAUCUGUAGAACAGAUUGUGUGCGUGCGUGAGUGCGAGCGUGCGUGCGUGCGUGCGAGCGUGCACAUGUGAGUGUGUGUGUGCUUGAUGCAGGGAGUCUCUAGACAUCGCCAUCGUCACUGCCAAAACCCAUUCCCUCACUUUCAACUUCCCACUUCAUUCUAAAAAAAAAAUGUUUUUAAAUGGGACACAUUCUCUGCUUGUAGUUCACUCUUCAUGAGCUACCCCACCACCCUUCAAAUGGCCUAUUGAUAAUUAUUGCUUUCCACAAGUAAUGUAAUAUAAUAGAUCAUGGCUGGUCGGAAGAUGAAGGACCAGAGUGGGUUUUAAUCCAGUGUCUGGUUUUCGUUGGAGAAAGGUUGGGGGUGGGGUUGGGGCAAGGGAGCAACAGUAGACUUCCCUGACUUUCUGUCCCAUGUACCCUGCAUGUCCAUCACUCCACACAGGACUGCGAUCACACACUCACCACCCAUCCUGGUCACGGUGUCAGGUCAUUCAUUUUCUAAUUUGAUUCGAAUGGAAGAGCAGGAGAGGUCUGAAAUCGCAAGUAGGAAGCUCAAAUCCAAUUAGAUUGAUCAGUGCCUCCAGACGUAGUUUUACUUACAUAUCAGAUUGGACCUUUGACAAACGGAGAAUCAUGCUGCUACGUAGGAUUUCAUUUUACGGGGAGUAGUGAAUUUCCUUUGCAUGUAGGAGUGUGAAUUACCCUGAACACUAGUCAAAAAAAUAAAAAUAUUAUAAGGUGAUGUGACAGAAUGGUAAUGAGGGAGGAAGUUAAAGUGCAUGCUUUUUUGGGGGGGGGGGAAAAUUGAGAAAAAAAUAAUAAAUGUGCUGCUGUUUUUGAUAAGGAUUUUUAGCAGUAUGUUGGUAUGUAUUCUUGAAAUGCUCGAAAGGAACCCAACCAACCAAAAAGAGACGGAGUGAGACGGGGCUCGUACCCUGCUUGCUCUCAACAUUCCUCAACUGUGAAAAUAAGCAAAGCGCAACUGAUUGGCUCUUUCUUUUCGGAAUGCCGGUGUUUUUUUUUUCUUUCUUUCUUUCCUCCCCCUCCCUGUUCCCCGAGGCUGAAGAAGAAUCCGGUUAGCAAGCGCGGCCGCUAAUGGCUGAUGGACUGAAACGUUAAGCAAGCUGCAUGCGGAAAACCAGGAAGACUAUUCUGACCAGCUUUUAUUUUUUCCAACUCGAAAAGCAUUUAAAAAAAAAAAAAAAAAAAUGUGUCAACACAUACCGCGAUUGCACUCACAGAGUUUGCAGUGAGAGAUUACCUGCUAGAAGGCAAACCUCAUGUUUUGUUAAGUGGCCUUAUCUUUCACAAAAAGAGACACACAGAGACUGGGGAGGGUACAAGUGGGAACCUAUUUUCUUUCCAUUCAUUUUUUGAAGCAGGGGUUAAGUUCUAAUGUUACACCACUCUCACUGAAGUUUUGGGCAUCUCUUUUCGUUGUGCUUCUAGCAGGUGGAGUCAAUGUAUUAUGUCAAGGCUACUGUGCCUUAAAUGCUGCCCGUGAAGUGAGAGUGAAAUAUGAAAUUACCUUUUACAAAUCCCCAAAAGGAAAAAAUAUUUCCCUCCAGGUGAUUUUAGGGGAUCUAAUGAUAUCAAGUGGAUUUAGAAGGCGGUGAUUUGGAGGCUGUGGUAUUCUGUUUAACCUGGAGGUGAACUUGAGGAAGACGGUGAUCUCCUGUGUCUCUUGUGUUGUAUAUCUUGGAUCUUUGUCUUCCCGUUUUGUCAUCUUGUUCCCAUUUGUUUAAGGCCAUUUUUGUACUUGAACCCCCCCCACUCUGUCCUGCCACCAACAAGCAGAAGAGCAACAAAUGUACAAAAAGAUAUAUUAAAAAAACCUGAAGAUGUUUUGACUGCAGUGCUAUGGCAACAAAGUGCCCUGAAUCUGAAUGGAAGCGUCCUCUGAGGAUCUGUGACAACACGCACUUCCUGUCUCCUUGGAUACGACAUGUUAAAAGGACAAUAUUUUCUUCCCACCCCCCCCCCCCCCUUGAGAUUUUAUUUAAUUUUUAUAUAUGUAUGAAAUAUACUCUGUGUGUGCCUCACUUAAUGUGUGAAAUUUCAAAGAUAAAAAGAUAAUAUGGGUUGAAGUACGGGGGGGUAAAAAAAAAGAGGGAUGGGAGGGGCGUUUCCAAACCAGUUUGUUGGUGGAGUCCAUGUUCUGAUCACCUCAUUUAAGUUGCCUGUUAUUUCUUGUAGCCAGCCAUUUAAAAUAAUAACACGAGUCAAAAUACAAUUUACAAUGUUCUAGCUAUAGACCGGUGUAGCACAUGUGUGACUGUAUUAAUUUAUGAAACCAAAAUGGUAACUGUGAAUUAUGUAUUUCUUUGUGCAUUUUUUUAAGUGGGAGAAGGUGGCUAAAGCUUAGCCAAGGCUAAUGCAAUGUCCUAUUUUGUUCUUUGGUGGACUAUAUUGGAAAUCAUCAAUUUCCAAAAAAAAAGGCAUAAAAAUAUAUAAAUAUAUUUUUUUUCUUAAGCAAUACAUUUCAGUGUGACUUGUGAUAGAACCUUUUUCUUUUUUUAGGUAAUAAAUUGAAAAGAAAAAAAACUUGAAACCAG